AAAUGACCUUCCGAUGAUGGCGAUUUGACAGGAGUUUAGAAGUUGAUAAAAUUUAUUUUUUUCAACAUGUAUUUUCCUGUUGGUUGGCCAAAGUAUCUGAAUGUCCCCACAGAAAGGGAUGAAAAGCUAGUAGAAGUUAAUAGCAACAGAGAAAGGCAAUUAUUUGCUGUUGUGACCACACAAACAGUCUAUAUUUGGCAUUGUAAUCCUUGUGUUUUGAUCACAAGCUACCGAAGGGCAGACGAUGCAGUAGUGGUGUUAGGGACAAAUAAAUAUGUAGCAUGGCGACCAGAUUCCAGUUCACUGGUCAUUGCUACCACUGGUGGCCAUCUUUUGUUCUUCAAAGUAAAUGUAGAUGACACCUACUUAUAUAGUAGCAAGCACACAAAUUCUGUUCAUUAUCGUGUAGAGACUACAACAGCAGAUACAGUGCCAAUACCAUCUUUAAGUUUAUCAUACAACUAUACUGUGCAUAUACCAGGAGAUGUAACAAGGUUAUGUUGCUUAAGAGAUGAACUGUUAGUGGCAACAGGCAGUGGGCUGUUGAAGCGCUUCAGAUGGGAAGGUCAUGCAAAUGAGAGGAGUGAUAUCUCCAUACACAGUAUCCCAUUCUCUGUUGACUUACAGCAGUCCAGAGAAAUCCUGCUUGAGAUGCCAGGCCUUCACUUCACUCAUAUGGAGUUCAGUAAUCUGCUUGGUGGCCUAGCUGUGGUUUUAUCAGAUGGGAGGGCAGCAUUUAUUUCUUCAGACUCUCAACGAUAUGAACCAAAUCAUGUACAUGCUGUGUGGGCUCCAGAGAUAAAGGAUAUAACUUUUGUUGCUAUCAACCAUAGAUACAAACUAUUAGCAUUUGGUCGAAAAAAUGGACAGGGUAUAGUUUACACAGUGGAUGAAAUAACAGGAGGAAUGUUGUUAUCACAUCACAUUACAUUGUCAACUCAUGAUUAUCCAGAGGGGUGUCAGGCCCUUGGCCCAGUUGCGAUGAUGAAGUGGACUCCAGAUGGAUGUGCACUGGCCAUGUCUUGGAAAAAGGGAGGACUGUCCAUGUGGAGCACAUUUGGCGCUAAGUUACUGUGUACUGUUGGAGGAGAGUACGGGAUGUCACCACAGUGCUGUACAAAAAAUCCAUUCCAAGUGCAAGCAAUGGACUGGAGUAUGGAAGGGUACCGAUUAUGGAUGGUGAAUGGCAUUCCAAGGAAACCAGCAUGUCCAGAAAAUGACCAAAUGCAAGAAUCAAACAAACCUAGUACUCAUCUUUUGCAACUGAUGUUUGUAAAGAGCGCCCUCACAACAAAUCCGCUCAACUUGCUAACCGAUAGCAGGAUGUCACCACAGUGCUGUACAAAAAAUCCAUUCCAAGUGCAAGCAAUGGACUGGAGUAUGGAAGGGUACCGAUUAUGGAUGGUGAAUGGCAUUCCAAGGAAACCAGCAUGUCCAGAAAAUGACCAAAUGCAAGAAUCAAACAAACCUAGUACUCAUCUUUUGCAACUGAUGUUUGUAAAGAGCGCCCUCACAACAAAUCCAUGCAUGUCCAACCAUGAACACCUGUUUCUACAAGGGGAAGAUAAACUGUAUUUGAAUACAGGUGACACAAUACUAAAGACAAGCAAUACAGACACAGCAGCUGGCAAAAGCCCUGUAAGGCAUGAUGCUCAGAUUAGGUCUAUAGGUUCCCAAACAGAAGGACCAAACAAGUUAAUAGGUAAUAAGCAAUGGCAGAUUGUACCAGUUCCCUUCAGUUACUUAACAAGUAAUUCACCACUAAAGUUUGCAGCAGUGGAUAGGUCAGGGCACUGUGUGUGUGUUGCUGGCAAGAAAGGUCUAGCUCACUGUGCUCUGUUCACCAAGCGAUGGAAGUUGUUUGGUAACAUCUCCCAGGAGAACGACAUGACUGUAACAGGGGGCUUGACGUGGUGGAGAGAUUUCAUCGUGCUGGCGUGUUUCAAUCAUUACGAUGAAAGGGAAGAGAUUCGUAUGUACCCAAGAAUAUGUAAUCUGGACAAUGCAUUUGCAACUUCCAUUAAAGUGCCAUCUCAGGUCCUGUUGUUAAAUGUAUUUAGAGACCUACUAAUCAUCUUCUGUGCUGACUAUCAUAUAUCAUUAUACCAAAUUCACAGGCAAGACACACAACCAAAUCCUACCGCUUCUAUUACUCGUAUACAGGACCUAUCUCUUUCUAAUUUUGUUCCUCAUCCAACAUCACUUACCUGUAUAACAUUGACAUCUCUCAGGUCGGAAAUAACAAAAAGCAAUAACCAUGCAAGAGAAGCAGAAAGUCUAAUUAUUAAUGUUGCUGGCCGUGUGCUGAUGCUUCAUCGAGACAGGGCAAAGGUCAUUAAUAGUGAACCCUCAAUGAAGAAAAGGAAUGAGAUGCCAUUCUGUGCACCCAUUGUGCUAGCUUCUAAUGUGGAAAACUUGUGGGCUGUGUCUGGUGUCUGCCAUAAGAAGCCUCACUUGAUGGAAUCUCUCUGGCUUGGAUGUGGUGCGACAGGGAUGAAGGUGUGGCUUCCAUUGUACCCAGAUGGUGAUGAGAAGCACCAUGGCUUCCUAUCUAAGCGUAUUAUGCUUUCUUUCCAUUUAAAAAUCUACCCUCUUGCCAUUUUGUUUGAAGACGCAGUCGUACUCGGAGCGGCUAAUGAUACCUUGAACUUUGACACACUUAGCCAUUACCUGAAUUCAUUUCAACCAACGAAUGUACCAUUUUCAACAUUAGAACGCACAACUCAAAUUUACCUGCACUUUAUCCUGCGACAGUUACUUAGAAGGAACCUUGGAAUCCAUGCACUGGAUAUUGCAAGGAGCUGUACAUCUCUACCUUACUUCCCUCAUGUAUUAGAACUUAUGCUUCAUGAGGUCCUGGAAGAGGAGGCUACAGCGUCAGAACCUAUACCAGAUGCAAUGUUGCCCAGAGUUGUUGCCUUCAUACAGGAGUUUCCUGAAUAUCUACAGACUGUUGUUCACUGUUCCAGGAAGACAGAGAUAGCCUUGUGGCCAUACCUAUUCAACACAGUUGGAAACCCACGGGAUCUUUUUCAGGAGUGCCUUACAACUGGAGUGUUGCAGACUGCUGCUUCCUACCUCAUAAUUUUGCAGAAUUUAGAGACAAUCAAGAUAAGCCGACAGUAUGCAACACAACUUUUUGAUGCUGCAUUGGAGCACAAAGAGUGGAGGCUCUGUCGAGACCUACAGCGGUUCCUACGGACCAUUGGUCCCGGUGAUGAAGAAGAUGAACUGCGCUCGCCACUUCCCCUUGCCAACCCGAAUGUAUUCCCCCUCACCAAUCCUCCAUUGACACCAAAGGAUCCAGGCAUGCCAGGCUUUAAGUUCCACAAGUCGAUACCAAGGACACGCAGUGUCAGUGGAGGUGGACCGAAAACACAAGAUAAAACACCCGACACAGGUGGUGGUGCUGAUAAGAAACCUAGUUUCUCUAAAAAAAUAAACAAUGCUGAGAGUACUGCCGAAGAUUACUACAUCGAUCUCAUACUGUGCAGGCAUGCUCGCAAGCUGCUUGCUGGCUGUAGGUUGAGGGACCUGGGAAUGUUUUGUGCUUACCUGGAUUUUAAAUUAGGGAAGUGGCUCACAAAGGAGAGGAUGCGAGCUGCUAAGGUAGAUGAUAUGGUGCAUGCUUUACAGUGUCUUCACCGAGACUUCAAGUGGCCUAUGCCAACAUCAGCUUCAACGAUAGUACCUGUUUCAAACCCAUUCAAAGCUGCAUGUUUAUCAAGGUCAACAUCAACAUCGUCAUCACAGAAUUCAUCGCUAAUAAUUAAUGGUUUGGCAAAUGACAUUUCUCCUUCUGGAAGAUCCAGUCUAUCAUCCCCAUCUACAAGUGGCAAAGGAAUGGGUAAAAGUAAACUUAUGCGCCCUCAAAGUCUGUCAGAAAGUGUGGUGAGUGAAGCUAGGACAGAAGAAGCCAUUCUUCAACACAUGUCAUAUCGUGGUUCAGAUGACACAAGUACUCUUGGAACUGGUGAGGAAAGUGCCUCCACCUUUGGCGAUGUUGACAAUCUUGAUGACAACAUGUGGAAUAGCAAUCAAAACCUGCAAGAGAUUGAGAAGCUGUCACUGCAAAUGGUGAAUCUUGGACCUCCACAAUCCCUCAAGGAACUCAGGCAUCUGUUUAGCAUAUUCCUGGAUGCAAACUGCCUGGAAUGGGCGUUUGUUAUUGGUAUACUUCUGCGAGACCUCACUGCUGUCUCACAAGUGAUCAACUCAGCCAGCAUUCUUGACUCCCCUCUGGAUGUUCUUGGCAGGAUGCGAGAGGGUUUCUCAUUCCUUGAACUCUGGGCUGCCACUGAAUGUCCUUCCUAUAAACCAGUACUAGAUGCAAUCCAGCCCCAAGCUCAAGCCCUAUCGAUGAUCAUUGAACGGCAGCCUAGUCCUCCACAUACGCCAGCAUCUACAUCCUCCGAGACCUCCUUAUCUCCGAUGGAGAUCAAGCGACACAGUGCCAAUCUGAGCGAGUCUGAAGAAGAGGUGAACAAGACGCCAACGAGGGAAGAUGUACCCUUAAAGACAGAGGCAGGGUCUUGUGCUAUAUCAUAAGGGUUGCAGUCUUGAAUAUUGUGAAGGUGGCCUUCAUUGUGAUUAGUCAAGGGAAAUACAGCUAACACACAGAACUAUAUGCUGUGUAGCACAAACAGUGGAUUCAAUGCAACAGAAGUAGAAGCAGUAUAAAGUAGCUAAUAUACAGAGGCCCAAUCUAGUAAAAGACGUACUGAGACCGGAUCCUCUCCAAAAGAAACUGUAUCCCUUCCAACAUAGAGAGAGAGAGAGAGGUCAUAUUCUGUAUAGCAGAGACAGAGACUGGAUCCAAUCCAACUCUGUUAGGAUACUGCCCAAUGAAGGCCCUAGUGUAGUGCAGGCAGAUACUAUAUCAGGCAGCAGAUUUUGUGUACUGUUUCUAAAUAAUGACUUAUUUGGAUUGCAAUCCCUAUUUUAUGAGUUUGAUUAGAAGCGGUAUUUUAGUAUCGUAUCAGUAUUAAUUAGGCUGUAAUACUAAAUUCAUUCUCACUUCUUGUGACGUUAUAGCUCCGAUGAGGAGCUCUAGAAACACUCGGCUGAUUGAUUAAUAGAUCUUUUUUGUAUAUGCGGCCGUUAGGGCCAGUAUACUCUACUGCCUCAUAUAUACUGCCCUCAUCGGAGCUUUUAGGCUUACGAGAACUUGUUAAUCAAUAGCCAAUAUCCCUAAAGGUGCUAAACUCUGUUAUGACAGUAAUUCAUAUUAUGUAGCAUUCCAUAAUUUUACUAUUUUUAAAGGGGCUUCACACAAGAGGACAUGGUAUUUGUGCAGUGCAUAAAAAGACGCAGCGUUUACAUGGAAACAUGGUUUAUGCACUGCAUUACUGCUAAUCAGAGGAGGAGAUCUCUGGAUGUUUUAUUG